AGUGAGCGAGCGAGCGACUCUCGUCAGUCCCAAACCCAGAAGAAGAAACUCUCCCAGCGGCGCCCCUUCUCGGCUUCUCCGACCUUCGGAAUCGAAUCGCACCGCGCCCCUCUCUUCUUCAAAACCCUAACCUUUCUCCUAUCUUCUCCUCCCCAUUCCUCAUCCCAAUCCUCGAAUCCCGUCUCCCGGCCUCUCUCUAUUGCUUCUCCAAGGGUUUCGAUCGAGCGAUCGAUCGCGGGGGAAUACGAGAUAGAGGUCUUCUGUGCUGGGGUUUAUCCAAAGUGGGAGUUUUAUUUUUUCUUGGUUUUCUUCGCAUUCGAGCCGUUUGAUUCUAGGGUUUAUAUUGGGGAGGUCAACCCUGGCGGAUUCCACGGUCGGGUGAUGGCGGAUCCACGCCGCUUCCGCCCCCGGUCUGGUGAUAAUCUUGGAUUCGUGGAGUCGGCGUCGGAGGAGGCUCUUGGGCUAGGGUUAGGGUUUGGGCUUAGGAGCGAGGGAUUUGAGGAUUGGAAAGCAUGCUGAGCGUGCUGCGAGUCCAUCUGCCUUCGGAGAUCCCCGUCGUUGGCUGCGAGAUCACGCCCUAUGUGCUCUUGAGGCGCCCGGACAACUCCAUCUCCAACGAGGAUGUCCCCGAGUCCGCCCCCAUCAACGGCUACUGCAUGAGGUAUAAGUGGUAUCGUGUACAAAGUGAUAGAAAAGUUGCUGUAUGCAGUGUACAUCCAACUGAACAGGCAACACUACAAUGCCUGGUUUGUGUCAAGGCAAAAGUACCUAUUGCCAAGAGUUUCCAUUGCACGCCUAAGUGUUUUUCAGAUGCUUGGCAGCACCAUCGGGCUUUACAUGAGCGAGCAAGUAACAUUUCAAAUGAAAAUGGAACAGAGGAGGAAGAAAUGUUUGGACGCUUUAGUAGUAUUGGGUCUGGAGUUACAAAUGCAGGGAUUUCUGGUUCAACAUCCAAUAUUGGACAGGGCCCUAGCAUGAGCAAUGCUUCCACACCUAUAUAUCCCACAGCUUUUGCAGAAAGGAGCGGUGAUAGCUUGUUUGAAGUUGGACGGUGUAGAACAUAUACGCCCACAUCUGAUGAUAUUGGUUAUUCUCUGAAGUUUGAAUGUGUAGCAAUAGAUGCAGAGACAAGAAUACCUGUAGGAAAUGCAAAUGCCAUUAUGAUGUCACGUGUGAUACCAGCUCCAACUCCAACUCCACGACGCAUGAUUCAAGUGAAUGAUGUCUUGGGCCAUAUGGAUCCUGAUAGCCGAAUUGCAUCUUCUGGAACCUUCUCAGUGCUCUCAUACAACAUUCUUUCUGAUGCAUAUGCGACCAGUGAAUCAUAUAGUUAUUGCCCCUCUUGGGCUCUUUCAUGGCCAUACCGUAGGCAGAAUUUGUUAAGGGAAAUUGUUGGUUACCAUGCUGACAUCCUUUGCCUUCAAGAGGUUCAAAGUGACCAUUUUGAGGAGUUUUUUGCACCUGAACUAGAUAAGCAUGGAUAUCAAGCACUUUACAAGAAAAAAACAUCAGAGGUUUAUAGUGGAAAUCCAAAUGCAAUUGAUGGCUGUGCAACUUUUUUUCGCAGGGACAAGUUUUCACAUGUCAAAAAAUAUGAGGUUGAAUUCAAUAAAGCUGCACAGUCUUUGACAGAUGCUGUUAUUCAACCUGGUCAGAAGAAAGUGGCUUUGAGUCGAUUGAUUAAGGAUAAUAUUGCUCUUAUUGUGGUACUUGAAGCAAAAUUCAGUAACCAUGGUGCUGAUAAUCCUGGAAAAAGACAGCUGCUUUGUGUGGCAAAUACACAUGUAAACGUCCAUCAGGAUCACAAAGAUGUUAAACUCUGGCAGGUGCAUACUCUUUUAAAAGGAUUGGAGAAAAUUGCUGUCAGUGCAGACAUUCCAAUGUUGGUGUGUGGAGAUUUUAAUUCAGUUCCAGGAAGUGCUCCUCAUGCGCUUCUUGCAAUUGGCAAGGUAGAUCAACUGCAUCUGGACUUGGCUGUAGACCCCCUUGGGAUUCUGCGCCCUCCUAGCAAGUUAACUCACCAGCUUCCACUGGUUAGUGCAUACUCUUCUUUUGCAAGAAUGAUGGUGGUUGGUCACAGUUUAGAGCAACAAAGGAAGAGAAUGGAUCCCACAACAAAUGAACCUUUGUUCACAAAUUGUACUAGGGAUUUUAUUGGCACUGUUGAUUACAUAUUUUACACAGCUGACUCUUUGACAGUGGAAUCACUAUUGGAACUCUUGGAUGAGGAAAGCUUGCGCAAAGACACAGCUCUUCCUUCUGCUGAGUGGUCAUCGGAUCAUCUAGCACUUUUAGCAGAAUUCCGGUGCAAGCCUAGAGUCAGACGUUGAAAUUAGAGGUCUUUUUCUCCGACCUGUUUGUCACUGUUUGUAUGGAGAAGUUGAGGAGGAUGAUAAAGGAAGUCCAUCUGGUAGUCCUCUCUAACAAGGUAGAUAAUGUUCAUUGUGCUCUCUCACGAUGUUUCCAUUCUUGUGGGCUUAUUAUUGAUCUACUUGUAUCAUUGUCGGUGUCUCAUAGAAAACUGCUUAAUCUAUUUUCUUUUCAGAAAAAAGUUCAGGGUUGAUCUUUUUUCUAGCCAUUGUCUAGUAUAAUCUUUUUUUAUUUAAAUGAGGCUUCCCGCUACAAGUUCUGAAUGUGUUACACUUUAUUUCUUUGUCCGCAAAGCGGAAUGUCGUGCGUUCGUCA